CUUGUCUCUUGACUUGACGUCGAUACUUAUUUCACUUAAUUGAUUGGGAGUUCCAGAACUAUCACACGCAAUGGUGGAUCAAUUGACUGAAGAACAAAUUGAAGAAUACAAAGAGGCGUUUGCCAUCUUUGACAAGAACGGAGACGGUAUCAUUACGACGAAAGAACUGGGUGAAGUGAUGACGUCAUUUGGGGAAUCCCCCAAUGAGGGGGAGCUCCGAGAUAUGGUGAACGAGAUCGAUGUUGACGGAAAUGGUGAGAUCGAUUUUGCUGACUUCCUGUCACUCAUGGCUCGACCAAUCACCGAUGCGAACACGGAACAAGAAAUCAAAGAAGCGUUUAGAGAAUUCGAUAAAGACGGCGACGGAUUCAUAAGUGUAACAGAGUUCCGUUAUGCGAUGUCGACGAUCGCGGAUACCCUCACCGAGGAGGAGCUUGAGGAGAUGAUCGAGGAGGCCGACGCUCACGGCGACGGUCAAAUCAACUACGAAGAUUUCGCCAAAACGAUAGCAGAAAUGUGAAGGGCUUACACCAUGUACGCAAACCAGCUGUGACGUCGUCACGUGACUAAUGGAAGUGCCCCAGUCAGGAGCGCUGGUCGGCUGCUACUACAUGGUUACCACAAGAUCAAUUCCAAGCGUUACGGAAUUAUAUUUCCAGAGAAUAGUCCAUGUUGAAUAAGGUAUUUGUAGACACUUUAAUGAAAGUCUACAAAAUAAGUAAUAUACUAUUUUAACUAAUAUGUCUUUCUUUUGCACUAUUUCAGUUUCCUUUCCACAUUCAUCAAAUUUAUGGAUGAUGGUAUUUUACAUAUUUUUUUUACAGAAUGGCACGUAGGGUACUGUUGUGGUCUUUCUGUUACUAUGAAGCUACUUUAAAUGUAAUACUAUAUAAAUUUGAUUAAUGGUUCAUGGGAAACCCAAUAUUAGCUUACAUCAUUAAUUUGUAGAUAUGGUGAUUUACAUUUAAAAGUGUAUAAAUAUUCAUUAUUCAAAUUUCAGAAUUCUCUGGAAAAUGUCAUUCCGUAACGCUUGGAGUUGGCCAAGUUACAAACAUGACAUAUAAUCUCUAUAUCAACUUGAAAGUAGCUUAUUAUUUUCACUUAUCAAACUAUUUACAACUUGUUUUCACAUCAAGAGGGUAAAUAACAUUUUGACAUGAUUAAUCUCUAUCAAACUAAGGCGUUAAUUAUUGUUCUGUAAAUGCAAUUUAAUAAGGUGACCAUUUUCAUCGUAUAGAGGUGAACCAUUGGAAAGCGUGAUGUGCUCAAUACAGUAAUGCAUUGAUCCAUGCGUAAUGCCAGCAAACCAGAUGCAUGCAAACCUUCCACAAUGUUCAGCUCCCCUGAAUACAGCUGUCAGGUUUGUUUACAUUGAUAUCAUGACAAUGAGAGACUGCCUUCUGAUUAGAAUGAGCCAUUAUGGUAAAUACUUGUUAAGGUUUAUUUGACCGAAAUAAAACACAUCCUAGAGAAUGCCGUCUCCGUUGUCACACGCUUGGUGAAAUUCGUGGUUCGGUUAACAAUUUCAAAACGAAUUUCGCGCUCGAAUGCAACGCCAAGGUGUCGCCAAACAAGGGUGCAUCAGAGUACCUGGUUGAUAUAGCACCGAUAAAGAAUGUGCAAGUUAGGGGUUGGUCGUGGAGCCAACACGAAAAUCAUUAAGGCGGGACUAAGACGCGUGUUUGAAAUACCAAGGAAGCUUCAGCAAUCAAUAGGUUUCUUUCAUCUUUACAAGGAUGCCGCUGUAGAAAAGCGCAAGGCCUCUUUUGCCUCUUUCUGUCAUUUCUGUAAGUCAUCUAAACAAUGUAAUUUAUUGAAUUUCCGCAGACCAAAGCAGACGAAAUCGGAAAAGUUUUUUUCGGGGAAGGAUGAUGUGUAAAGGGAGUGGGAUGCCAGUGCAAUCUUUAUGUCAUUUCAAAGAGGAAAAUUGUAUAUAUAUAUAUAUAUAUAUAUAAAACAUGUAUAUGACAGUGUACGUAGUACUAUACUUUCGUCAGUUCUACACGAUCUAUACUUGGUUGUUUCACAAUAAAUGGAAUAAAUAUGAAAACCACA